AGAAGAAGUCAGGCCCCUAGCCAGAGGCUUACGGUACCCGUUUCAUUCCCCCGACAUGUACAAGAGAAAAUUAAACCUGCGGUGAAGAGACCUCGCUAUGAAGAUGACAAUGACAGAGAUGAAAGGCAACCCUUGUCAACAAUCACCAACAUACCCUCAGUCAGUUAUCCAGAUGCAAGGGUUCAUGAAGAAUUUAUCAGGAAGAUAUUAUCCAAGCCAUUUAAGGUCCCUAUACCUAAUUACAAAGGACCACUUGCUGGUAGAGCACUUGGAAUAAGACGACAAGGUACAAGACAAUCUCUCCAUGAUCCCAAUGAAGAAGGGGCAUUAAUUCUCUACUCUCCUCCUGAGUUAUCUGCCCAUGAACAACUAAAGGCUGAUUUGGACAAGCAGCCAGUUCAUGUAGUGGUGGAUCCAGUGUUAUCCAAAGUCUUGAGGCCUCAUCAAAGGGAGGGUGUAAAGUUCAUGUAUGACUGUGUCACGGGCCAGAGAAUUCCUGACAACUUUGGUUGCAUUAUGGCGGAUGAAAUGGGAUUGGGCAAAACUCUGCAAUGUAUAACUUUAAUGUGGACCCUUUUGAGGCAGAGUCCUGACUGUUGUCCACUCAUUGAUAAAGUGGUAGUGGUCACUCCCAGUAGUCUGGUCAAGAACUGGUACAAUGAAGUUCAGAAAUGGUUAGGGGGAAAAAUCAACUGUUUGGCCAUUGAUUCUGGAGUCAAAAGUGAAAUAGACAGGCAACUGAAUCAAUUUAUGCAGCUUCAGGGAAAGAGAAAUCCACAUCCAAUUUUAUUUAUUUCCUAUGAAACCUUUCGUCUUCACAGUGCUGUGAUGCAUAAAGGAAACGUUGGUCUAGUCAUUUGUGAUGAGGGACACCGGCUGAAGAACUCUGAGAACCAGACUUACCAGGCCCUGAAUGGACUGAAGGCCAGGAGGCGUGUCCUGUUGUCAGGGACUCCUAUACAGAAUGACUUAUUGGAGUACUUCAGUCUCGUCCACUUUGUCAAUGGAGGAAUUCUGGGUACUGCCCAGGAGUUUAAGAGGCGUUUUGAGACUCCCAUACUUAGAGGUAGAGAUGCUGAUGCCAGUGAUGCUGACCAUAAAAAGGGCCAGGAAAAGUUACAAGAAUUGGCAGACAUUGUGAACAAGUGCAUCAUUAGAAGAACUCAAGCCCUCCUGACCAGAUAUUUACCAGUUAAAGUUGAACAGAUAGUAUGCUGUCGUUUGACACAGAUGCAGUCUGAGUUAUAUAAACUCUUGGUUAGAUCUAAAUGUUACGAGGUGGAACAAGAGGAGAAAUCUUCCUCCAGUACUCUGGCGUUCAUUACACAGCUGAAAAAACUCUGUAAUCAUUAUGAUAACAUUUUUGUGUUAUAUAAUAUAGAGAAGCUACUAGGUAAGAAUCCAAAUUUCAUGCUCUACAUUUUCUAUGGGCAUUACUCUUCACAUAUUUACUUGGUUUUAGGUAAAGUGCUAGUACUUGACCGCUUGCUGGCCCUGAUAAAAGCCCAGACAAGCGACAAAGUGGUUCUGGUAUCUAACUAUACACAGACUCUGGACCUGUUUGAAACCCUUUGUCAUCAAAGAAGGUAUCUAUAUGUACGUCUUGAUGGAUCAAUGACCAUUAAGAAAAGAGCAAAGGUUGUAGAGCAGUUCAACAAUCCGUCCUCACCAGAGUUCAUAUUCAUGCUGAGCAGCAAAGCUGGUGGGUGUGGCUUAAAUUUGAUUGGAGCCAAUCGUCUGGUGAUGUUUGAUCCUGACUGGAAUCCAGCCAAUGAUGAACAAGCAAUGGCCAGGUGUUGGAGAGAUGGACAGAAGAAGCAGUGCUACAUAUAUAGACUCAUUGCUACUGGCACGAUAGAGGAGAAGAUUUUCCAACGACAGACCCACAAGAAGGCCCUGAGCAGCUGUGUAGUGGACAAAGAGGAAGAUGUGGAGAGACACUUCAGUCGGGAGCAGCUCCGAGACUUGUUCCGGCUCAACGAAGACACCAUCAGCGAUACUCAUGAAAAGUUUAAGUGCAAAAGAUGUGUGAAUAACAUUCAAGUUCGAGGCCCCCCAGAGGGUAGUGAUACAAAUUCAGACUUGUCUCAGUGGCAGCACUCAGCCGAUAAAAAAGGACUAGUGGACGUGGUCCUCAAAGGGGCCUGGGACGAAACCAUCUCCUUCACAUUUCACCAAAAAUCUCACGAGGAGCAACGGAAGACAGUGUGACCAGUCCUUUGUUUUAUAUGUGUGUUUUAUACAGAUUAUCAGAGAAACAAGAGAAAACGGAAAAAAAGAAGAAAUUUCAGAGAGUGGGAAUGAAGUCUGUGUUUUAUAUCACUAGUCAAAGCUAGAGGAAAUGUUAAUUUUAUAUUGCUUGAAAAAAAAGUUUUUGUUGAGAUAAAUGAUUAUUGAACAUAGUCUACCAGGUAAAUAGAAAGUUCAGAUUCAAAAUCAUCAAGAGAAAUGGUGAAUGAGAAAUAUGCAAUAAGUGUGAUAAGAAAGUGGGAAAUGAAUUUUUGGUA